GACCGAAUGGAUCAAAGGAACAAUGUGACUGAAUUUAUCCUCUUGGGGCUCACUCAGAGCAUCCAAGGUCAGAAGAUACUAUUUGUUGUCUUCUUGCUGUGCUACAUAGUGACAAUGUCAGGAAAUUUGCUCAUUGUUGUGACUGUGAUGAUCAGUCCAACCCUGGAUGCCCCUAUGUACUUCUUUCUUGGCAACUUAUCAUUUAUGGAUGCAAUUUAUGCGACGACAGUCACUCCAAAUAUGAUCAUAGACUUACUCUAUGUGAAAAAAACCAUUUCCUUCCAUGCCUGCAUGAGUCAGCUUUUUAUAGGGCACCUCUCUGGUGGUGCUGAGAUUUUACUCUUGGUGGCCAUGGCCUAUGACCGCUAUGUAGCCAUCUGUAAGCCCUUACAUUAUUCAACAAUUAUGAAUAAACGGGUAUGUGUUCUGUUGUUAAUGUUGGCCUGGGUUGGAGGAUUUUUGCAUGCUGUAGUUAAACUCUUUUCUGUUUAUAAACUUCCUUUCUGUGGCCCCAAUGUCAUUGACCAUUUUAUCUGUGACAUGUACCCCUUAUUAGAACUUGCCUGCACUAAUACCUACAUUAUUGGCCUCAGUGUGAUUGCCAAUGAUGGGACCAUUUGUGUGGGCAUCUUUGUGCUCUUACUCAUUUCCUAUGCGGUCAUUCUGCGCUCCCUGAAGAAUGUUAGUCAGGAAGGGAAACGUAAAGCCUUGUCUACUUGUGGCUCCCACAUUACUGUGGUGGUCCUCUUCUUUGUCCCCUGCAUUUUUAUGUAUGUGAGACCUCCUUCUACCUUACCUAUUGAUAAAUCCUUGACUGUGUUUUACACUGUUGUUACCCCUAUGUUGAAUCCCUUAAUCUAUACUCUGAGAAAUGCAGAAAUGAAAAAUGCCAUGAGGAAGCUCUGGACCAAGAAAAUAAACUAA